CCCCUCAUCAUGCCCGAAGGGCCUCCCGGCGCGACUUAUGGUCAGCUUCAUCAGCAACCUGUUCUUGACCCAGGCGCACCCUCGCGCAGACCUCGCCGCUCUUGCUGGUCUCUUUGCUGGACAAUCGGAAAGAUAUCUUUGCUCCUUGUCGUCCUUGUUGUUGCAUUGCUCGUCACGAUCUUUGUCGGUGGGCUCAUAUUGGGCAUAAUCAAAGACGUGAAGGAUCCGCAUAGGGAGAAGAUUUUUGAUGCGAAUGGGACGGUGGCAUCGGGGAUCGUGAGGCCUUUGGUGGGGAAGGAUCAGAAGUUUGAUGUGGCGGUCAGUGUGUGGAUCCGGGCGGGGGUGGAGGAGGAGAGGACGUGGAGGGAAAGCCUCGCUAUGCAUGCGGAUGGGGAGGAAGAGAAAAGAGAGGUUGAGUACUCGAUCCUGGAGAAGCCUCUGUUUUCGGACGUUGUUUUUAGAGAUUUGAGUGUUUCGGACAAGCAUAGAAGGGUGGAUGUACCCCUUAGAAUUCCCACAGCAAAGUUUCGAGAACAGAACUUGACACUAAUGGACCUCAGAGGUUCAUUUAUCCUCAUACCUUCUUCGCCGUCUCCGCUAGACAGACUCGUUAAUUAUUCAAGGGCUUACAACUCAUUGGAUGAGGUCCCACGUCGAUCAUGGCCGUUUCCGCUAGGCUCUGAAGAGAUUGGCGACGCCACACUAGCAGACCAAGCCAUAGAACACUUCGGCAUAUCGACGAAUCUUCUCGAGUUCCAUCCCAUCCCUUCACGCUGCGGCCCUACCACUGAAUCCUCUGAAUCUCCCUUCCCGAAUGGCACUGAGCCUUCGGACCCUUCCACGACCUCCUCUGAAGAAGCAAAAACACAAGAAACUACAGACUCGUACGAUGACGAUGAUGAGAUCGACAUAGCGUCACCAACAAUUGCUCCCAAGGCGUCUGCUACCGGACGCCCGAACACCAAUUUUUGGACUCCUAGGAAUUCUUCACACCAUCCGUUUAUUGUCACUAGGUCACAGCUCGUCGUGAUUGACGAGACAAGGCCUUUCAAUCUCACAGCGUUCAACGAUGCAUACAAACGAAUGAAGAUGUCACAUUGUUCUGACCCAUUCGAAUCUACAUAUCUCGGUCCGGGGCAGAAGUGGUGUCAACGUCGAUACUCGGAGAAUGGACACUGGGACAUGCGGAUGAAGGUGACGAAGGAGGAUGGAGAGGGCGAGACGGAAUGGGUAUACCCACCGUCUUUGUAUACAGCGCCAUGGGCUGCGGGACCCUUGGAUCUUGUUCCUGUUCCUGUGAAUCGGGAGAACUGCACGAACAUGGUUGAGAGGAACGAAACCGCAGACAGCAAGCAUUGGGUCUCGCUCCCUUCGGAUAUGGAUGACACAGAUGAAGGAUAUGUGGACGUCACCUGGAAGAUCUCAUUUUCUUCAAAGCGACCGCAUCAUAUAUCCCUGUCGUCCCCAUUCGCCGCUGGUUCACGUCCGGAUGUCUUUGCACACAAUCAGACUAAGUACGAGAGCCACAAGAUGCAAGAUAUAGCGGAAUUGAUGAAUGGAAUAGCCGGUCAUCGAUUCGAUGAAAACAGACAUCCUAUACGGCGCCUCGCGGUUGACGUCGUGAACUACUUCCUCAUGUUCGUCAUUCACGUCGUGGACAUUCAUUACUGGUACACCCGCACAUCCGCUUUCGGUAUAAGCCUUUUCGGGUCCUCAAUCAUCGCUCUUUCUAUCUUCCUUGCUGCCCUGGUCAACUUGAUCGAGCAUAUCGUCUCCGACUUCACAAACAUCAAAGCCCUGAGAGGCACAAAAAUAAUUCAGAGAGCUGUAGCCUACCUUUUUACAGGCUCGCUGUAUAUCUUUGCUGUGUUGCCGACGGUAUUCAUGACGAAGACCGUAUUCCGGCUAGAAUUAGAGUGGGUCGUUCUCGGAAGGACGUGGAAGGAGUUACAGUGGGUGAGGGUGAAGGUCCCGGUGUUGAGGAGGAUGAGGGAGUCACACAAGGAGAGGGCGAGUGCACGGUUGGAUAGGAGGACAGAUUGGCGAGUCAUGGCUAGUCUUUACGUCGCACUUGCGGUGUAUUUCUUGUUCUACCCUUACUCACACUAUAUCCUUGAGCCGUCAAUGUCUCCAGAUCCGACGGGCGAUGAGCUUUCGUCCAUGAACAGGUUCAGCUCAGCAUUAUCCACACCUCCGGAGCUAGUGGGGCCUCUGUUCCAGUUCCUGCUAAACAAAAGGACCGGCCUGUUUGGGGGCAGGCAUCGUAUGGCGGCAAUCCUAGAUUUCGCUCGAUACAUCAUCACCCUCCUCAAACUGGUGAAAGCCUUCACAGGUCCGUAUGAGGUCGUACCUGGUUUUGUGGCGCAGGAAGUGCUUCUGAUUGGGGUAGGAGCGGCUAUGGCGUGGCAAGCUUUGACGAUGAAGGCGGUGGACGCAAGGGCUGGGGAUGCUGACGAGGAUGAAGAGUAAGAGUAGGGUCGAUUGUUCGAUGGACUUGGUGGAACUUACGAUAAAUAAUUAGAUAUUACGAUAUGUAUAAUGGAUGCAACGAUGUUGUAGUGCGCGGGGUCCUCUUUGAGUUUAAAUGUUUGCCGUCUAUUUAUCCCGUGUUAAAUAUAUUAUAUAUACCACGAUAUAGACGAG